AUGACCUUGUCCGCAAGCGGUACUGUUCCGCCGACGUCGACCGACGGAAGCAACCGGCCCAACGGCCAUGAAAAUGGGUCCAAGUACACCUGCCGCAAUAGACCUAUUCACGCAAAUCGACAUCUCCGUGUGAUAUGCAUUGGGGCCGGUGCCUCUGGGAUCUACAUGGCGUACAAGCUCAAGCACUACUUCACCGAUUUCAGCCUCAACGUGUACGAAAAGAAUCCAGAGAUUGGAGGAACGUGGUACGAGAACACGUACCCUGGGUGUGCCUGCGAUGUUCCCGCGCACAACUAUACCUACUCGUUUGAGCCUAAGUGGGAUUGGUCCGCCAACUACGCUGGCUCAAAAGAGAUCCGUACUUACUUCACCGAUUUUGUCGCAAAGUAUGGACUGAAGGAAUAUAUCUCGUGCGGCCACGAGGUUAUGAGGGCCCAGUGGGACGAAGUAGCUUCAGAGUGGGUUGUUGAUAUCAAAGGCCCUGAAGGGUCCGUCUCACAGAAAUGCUGCGACUUCCUUAUCAAUGCGGCCGGAAUCCUGAACCAAUGGCGCUGGCCCGAUAUUCCUGGUUUGGACAGCUUUGCGGGGCUCAAGCUGCACAGCGCGGCGUGGGAUGCGUCGGCGGAUCUGACUGGCAAGCACGUAGGAUUAAUCGGGAAUGGCGGGAGCGAUCAAGGUCUUCGGGCAUACAAAUUCUCCCCGCAAUUCAACCGUGAGCGUCCACUUCACUUCGAAGCCGAUGUCAUUGCCGGUGCCCUGAAAGAAAGGAAAGUUAACAUGGAACUCAGGAUCGCGAGCCACCUCACCACCUUCAUUCGCGAGCCUUCCUGGAACUCGGUCACCCAAACGGCCGGGCGAGCCUAUAUGCGGGAGGAGAUGAUCGCCAAGAUUGGUGACAACGAGUUGGCCACCAAGCUUAUCCCCGACUUCGCCUUGGGGUGUCGACGGUUAACGCCCGGCACAAACUAUCUCGAGAGCUUGACGCUUCCCAACGUGACGACGGUAUACGGAGCCAUCGCCGAGAUUACUGAGAAGGGGUGUGUGACAGAAGACGGCAAAGAAUGGCCUAUCGACGUGUUGAUUUGUGCGACAGGUUUCGAUACCACAUUCAAGCCUCGAUUUCCUCUCAUUGGACGUGGUGGCCGAUCCCUUGCCGAUGAAUGGGCGAUGGAGCCUCGUAGCUACCUCGGGCUUGCCGCCAACGGAUUCCCCAAUUACUUCAUGUUCCUCGGGCCUAAUUGCCCCAUCGGCAACGGCCCCAUCAUCUUUUCCAUCGAGAUCCAGGGUGAGUAUAUCGCACAUUUCCUUAACCGAUGGCAAAGGAAGAUAUCGCGUCGGGAUAUGAACUACCGAGCUCUGGAGCCUUUCCUGACCCAGGGAGGUGGUAGCAGUAGUGGUGGUGGUGGCGCCGUCGGAAGCGGCCCGAUCCUCACGUUCGACAAUAGCUGGGUUUCCAAUGCAGUCCGUGACUUGAGCCGCCUGGCGCCCCGAGAUGUCCGGUACACGCUCUCAAAUACUGUCCGCCGCGCAGCCGAACUUGACUGCAACUCCCAAGAGACUUGCGUGUCUCUCAGUGCCGUACUAUUUUGUUACACUAUGGCCUCCGGCGACUUCCGUGACGGCGAUGGGACUACCGGCAACGUCAUCACAGGCGACUAUACGCUUGGUGACGGCAGAAAAGGCAAUCUAUAUACUGGCCCAACUCCUCUUCCCACGGGGACGAGUGAUACCAACGCGGAAACCACACAGUCGGCAUCCUCGGGCGAUUCCGAAGGAGACGAUACCCAAAAUGCGACCGGGAGCCAGACCAGCACCAAGUCCGGGACUGCCAACUCCCCAUCCGAGAGUGGUGGCUCCUCUACAGCAGCAUCGGAGGGUCUUGCUGCCUCCCACACGAACCUUGACGCGACAAAGACAAUAUCGAUCAAGACGACAGCGACCCCGCGGGUUAAGCUGCACAUUCGUAUCACCCCGAAUCAAAAGAUCCGCACCGAGCCAACCGUACCCGACCAGCAUCUUGAUGCGCGGCCAAGCUACUAUCCCGGGACGCGCAUCCGUGAGAUUGCAAGCCCUCACGGAGAGCGGCUCGUCAAGGCCUAUUUUGACGUGUCCCUGCUCGCCUCCAUGCUCGCGUUGGCGCAUCCGUACUGCCAUGAAGCGCAAAGAAUCAACCCCUGGCUCUUCAUGGACUUUACCAGCCAGGCCCUACCCAUCGAAGCAAGACACGUCAAAUACGAGACAAUCGAAGCGGCUUUAUUACAUGCCCAGCGACACACGUACAUCUUUAGGGCACCCACGAUGCCAGGCUUGCGCAAACGGCUCUGGUGGUCCGUAUAUCUACAGGAUAAGUGGGCAGCGCUGGUGCUAGGUCGACCAUCUCAUCUUCACGAUGACCAGCAUGAUGUGGAAGACCUCCAAAUCGAUGAUUUUAUAUUUGACCCAAGGGCAAGUGGAAAGAUGGGGGAUUUGGCUGCCCGUGUGUAUGUCGCAGCAGCGCGACUCACCGUGAUUUUGUCGGACAUCUUAUCCAAGCUCUACACAGUUAGAGGAGCCAAGAAGCUCUACACUUUACACCGAGACGAGUGCGUGGCCAUUGCUGACGCAUUCCUCGGGAGGCUCCAAGCUUGGAAGGACGAGUAUAUGGCUCCUCUAGCGGAUUUUGACGUGAUGCACGACCCCACGGGUAACCUCCAGCUUGCAUAUUACACGGUUGAAAUCACCCUCUACCGCGCCAUUCUCCGAACGGCCGCUGGCUCGCAAUUCCGCCAACGGUCCGGUACCCUUGUCCGCGACGUCACACGGUGGCUUAAGAAUCUUCAAGUAAACUGUCUUUCCGGGUUUUGGUGGUUAACAUCGCGGAUUGCAUUUGCCAUUACGGGUGGCUUCAUGAUUGGCAUGCUACUGUCCGCCACGGAAGACGAUGAAGUCAAUCAUUGGAUACAAGAAAUCACAACCUAUCGAGAACUUCUCAAGGCACACUCGCUCAAUUUCAACAUGACCAAAUUGGCAUCGAUCCGCAUGGAUCUACUACUUCAGCGCGAUUCGUCGGACUCUUUGGCAGGUGAGGACGGAGACACAGGUGUCAAUUUGGGUCAAGGCUCGGGUACAAAAGAGAAGGACGAAGAAUUGAUGAUCGAAGAAGUCACGAAUUACGACGGGGACCUUGCUGAAGUUUCCCAAGUUGAAAACUAUGAAGCCUUACGGGAGGAUUUCCCUGUUGACCCAGCGGUUGCAUUUGGCAACACAUAUGGACUAGAGUGGGACACCGACUUGGAUCAAUUACUAUCUAGUUUUGAUUACAAUUUCGACAGAUAA